AUGCGGGGUAAGUACUUACGUACCAAGUUUCUUGCUACCUCCUCAUCUACAGUAGACCAUGGUGGAGGGGGCAGUCUGCCGUACACGAAACCGAGCGAAUUUCCGGACGACUUGCACGAAAACCACAACUAUUUUCGCAACCCGAAUGGAGAUGAGGAGGUUUGGUGCUACAAAUCUUCAGAGUUCACCAUGUCGGACGAAUUCCUGCCCGAGAUUUCCAGUCAGGAUCUGGAUAUCUUUAAUGAGGUGGAGUGGGGGGCUAUUCACAUAUGUGAGGAGCACCCUCAACUCUUCCGUGAUCUGGAAAACAUGGAAGGGCGAGGAGAGAGAAGACGACGCGAGAUUGACGAUGGGCAUAAUAUUGACAAUGAUCGGGUCCCUAUCAUCGAAUUCACCAUCGAAGAAAUUGGAAAUAACAAUUUCAAACGAUUUAAUGCACUCCAGAGAGUGUUUCGAGCUCGCUUCGAAGAAAGCGAAUUCUCAGGAUCACCCAUAUGGAGUGGGGGGCUAUUCACAUAUGUGAGGAGGACCCUCAACUCUUCCGUGAUCUGGAAAACAUGGAAGGGCGAGGACAGAGAAGACGACGCGAGAGUGACGAUGAGCAUAAUAUUGACGAUGAUCGGGUCCCGAUCAUCGAAUUCACCAUCGAAGAAAUUGGAAAUAACAAUUUCAAACGAUUUAAUGCACUCCAGAGAGUGUUUCGAGCUCGCUUCGAAGAAAGCGAAUUCUCAGGAUCACCCAUAA